AUGGAUGACGGCACUAAAUCUCUGCGCUACGAGCUCCUGGCAGAAAUAGGAGAGGGCUCUUAUGGUAAGGUGUAUAAAGCCAGAGAGGUGGGAGAGAAACAGCGCCUCCUAGCGGUGAAGAAAUUCAACAUCCGCGGAGACACGUCAGAGAACGGGAUCCCUGCCUUCAUGAUCCGCGAGGUGGCGCUGCUGUGCAAGAUGAAGUAUUUCAACCAUCCCAACAUAGUCAAGCUGUUGGAUGCGUCUGCCGUACGAGUGGGCCAGAGCUUGGACCUCACUCUGGUGUUGGAAUACAUUGACCAGGAUCUGUCUACCUACCUCUCUAAGGUUCCUGCUUCUGGACUGAACCGUAACUGUAUUAAGGAUGUGAUGAUGCAGUUGCUGCAAGGAUUGGACUUCUUGCACACAAACAUGGUGCUGCAUCGUGACCUAAAACCAGAAAACAUUCUGGUCAGCAGCCACGGAGAAGUCAAGAUUGCAGACUUUGGGCUGGCACGCAUCUACACCUUUAAUAUUGCUCUCACUCCAGGUGUUGUGACGCUGUGGUAUCGUGCUCCGGAGGUGCUGCUGAACUCAGUGUACAUGUCCUCAGUGGACAUGUGGAGUGCUGGCUGCAUCUUGGCUGAGCUCUACCUUUUGAGACCACUGUUUCAGGGAUACACAGAGGUACAGCAGCUGCAAAAAAUCUUUGAGGUUAUUGGUUUGCCCAGUGACGAGGAGUGGCCUCAGGACAGUCCCAUUUCCUACUCAGUCCACUGGGGACCAAAAAGCUCCUGCACCAAGCUGCUGCCCAACCUGGACCCAGAUGAGAACGACCUACUAUCUCAAUGUCUGGCAUUCAGACCAAGUAAUCGCAUCUCAGCUGCAAAAGCCCUGGCUCACCCUUUCUUCAUGAAGCACUGAGGAUGUCGGUCGAAUGACGAGCGGGGAGCAAAAAACGUAGCAUCCAUCCACGAUCUGCAGUCAGCCAUACUAACGAGUCACGUGCCGUAAAAAUAAUCGUACGCUUUGUUGAAAGCAUUUGAAAGCUUUUAACAUCAGUUCAUCAGCAUCAUGAGAGACUGUGGCCACGAUUGAGCGGAAUACACCUUUUGUACCUUUUGAAUAUUUAGUUAAUAAAAAUACAUCAUACCUGACUUGUUGGACGUGGCUCUUACGGCACAAAAAUCUGCAGCUUUAGGUGAGAGUGGAAAUGUCCUAAUGGCAGCAUACAUUGUAUCAGCACAUAUGUUUUGAUACCAUUUCUGAAUAUGUAUUUGGUUUGCAAUGUAACAGUUUUAUUUACUUAGUUACUUUAAUUUCUAAAUGUGACCUGCCUUCAU